AUGUCGUUCCUUGGUGGUGCGGAAUGUUCCACAGCGGGGAAUCCCCUCACUCAAUUCACGAAGCACGUCCAAGAUGACAAGUCACUACAGCGCGAUCGGCUUGUUGGCCAUGGGCCGGGAAUGCAAGAAGGCAUGCGGUCCAGAAAUAUGAUGCCCGGACAAGACCAGAUGAUGGACGAUUUCAUGCAACAACCCGGCCAGCAAUUGAACGGACCUCCCCCGCAACCGUUCGCCAUGGAGCACAUGCGCCGUGAGCUGGAUAACUUUCAGACGGCACCUGCCCGCACGGGAUCACCUGGGUGGGCGGCGGAGUUCGACUCGGGCGAGCAGGCCCGCAUGGAAGCAGCUUUUCCCGGCCAAAUGAACAACAGCUCCGGGUUCAACCCCGCUGAAUUUGCCCGGUUCCAGCAACAGAAUCGUAUGGGCAUGCCACAAACAUCUAGUCCCCAGACAGCGGCUUCGCCGAUGAUGUCAAACUACCAGCGACCCAUGGCCAUGGGUGGCGGGUAUAUGGGUGGAAUGGGCGGCAUGGGAAUGAUGAGACCCAUGAUGGGUGGACAGAUGGGGAUGCAGCAGCCGAUGGGAGGACAGACACAGGACAAAGGCAAGGAGCGAAUGGUUGAACUCGACGACGAGAACUGGGAGGCGCAAUUCGCACAGAUGGACAGCGCACACGUGGACGAGGCUCAGACGGAUGAUGCGGCCAAUGCGGCUAUGGAGGCGGAAUUGAAUGAUUUGGACAGGUCAGUGCCCACCGAUGCCUUUGAGUCUGUUUGGCAACGGGUCCAGGCUGAGACCGCGAGCAGGAAAAUCGCCGAGGAGGAUAACUUCGAGGUCACUGAUAGCGUGCAUGUCGGGGAUUUGGGCGACUGGGAGGGCUUUGACAGCCUGAACUCACGGUUCCGCGAUCCCCAACUUGGCGACUACAUGUUCGAGGAGGACAACGUCUACUCAGCCGUGGGAAAUCCUUUUGAGGAGGGAAUGAAGAUUAUGCGCGAGGGUGGUAAUUUGUCCCUUGCUGCGUUGGCCUUCGAAGCUGCUGUGCAAAAAGAACCUCAGCAUGUGCAAGCUUGGACAAUGCUGGGUUCUGCGCAGGCGCAGAACGAAAAGGAGCUGCCGGCUAUCCGUGCACUGGAACAGGCUCUAAAGGUCGACCCCGGGAAUCUCGAUGCUCUGAUGGGUCUCGCCGUCUCAUACACCAAUGAGGGCUACGAUUCUACUGCCUACCGCACACUGGAACGCUGGCUCUCAAACAAAUACCCCACAAUCAUCGACCCCAAAGAAGUCUCCGGCGACGCGGACCUCGGUUUCACAGACAGACAGCUCCUCCAUGACCGCGUGACCGAGCUCUUCAUUCAAGCUGCCCAGCUCUCCCCCUCUGGCGCACAGAUGGAUCCUGAUGUACAGGUUGGUCUAGGUGUCUUGUUUUACUGUGCGGAGGAAUACGAAAAGGCCGUCGACUGUUUCUCCGCGGCCCUCGCCUCCACUGAAUCCGGUAGUACAAACCAGCAAGAGCAACUCCAUCUUCUUUGGAACCGUCUCGGCGCCACAUUGGCCAACUCCGGCCGCUCAGAAGAGGCAAUUGAAGCCUAUGAGCAGGCCCUCAACAUCAACCCUAACUUCGUGCGCGCACGCUACAACCUUGGUGUCUCAUGCAUUAACAUCGGCUGCUAUCCCGAAGCCGCACAACACCUCCUUGGCGCCCUGUCGAUGCAUCGGGUUGUGGAGCAAGAGGGUCGCGAGCGAGCCCGUGAGAUUAUCAACGACGGUGUCCACCCGGAUGGCCUGGAUGACGAACGUCUCGAGCGCAUGCUGCACAUCAGCCAAAACCAGAGUACUAACCUGUAUGAUACGCUGCGUCGCGUCUUCAGUCAGAUGGGUCGGCGGGACUUGGCGGACCAGGUGGUUGCCGGUAUGGACGUGAACAUUUUCCGCAAGGAGUUCGAAUUCUAG